GUCAAAGCCCCUCCAUCUGCCCACACAAGUUUCCCUCACUUUCUCGCAUUCAUUUUCCUACCAGACAAACAGUCAGUCUCCCGACUCUCGGCUCUCCAGAUCCAACCAUCCAAGUAUCCAGUCAGCUAAUACCCAUCUUCUCCACUGAUGAAGAAGCCGGGCUUUCUAGCGGCCUCAGUCGCUGCCGCUUCUGCCACUGCUCUCUCCGCCACUUCUUCCUCUUCAAGCUUUGUGUCUGAUUCAACCAUGCGGUUUUCUCACCAGGAGGCUGGCGUUAAGAGAAAUCAAGAAAAAUCAUCGGCUUCGACGGAGAAAUUUGCACCCAAGUUCGAUGGGCUGAGAUUUAUUGAAACGCUGGUUACUGCUCACAGAUAAGAUUUGGCGGCCUCUAUCUUCUAUCUAUUAUAAUCUAAAUAUUUUUGCCUCAUUUGAUCCAUCUUCCAUCCCGAGGAAACGACUUCACGAUUGGAUUUCGAUUCUUUGGUCAAGAGACCAACUUAUAUAGUAUAAGUACAUCACAAUUGUAGUAUUUUAUGUCAAUAAUUUAACGUCAUGUAAAAAGAAGUAUUAUUGGCAUGAGACGCUAAGAUGACAUUGUACCUAUGCCAAGUAAGUCAUCCUCCUAGAAAUAGAGGAAUUGUAAGGGUAACAUUUCAGGGCUGCCUUUCUGUAUUCAUGUAUCUGCCUAAAGGCCAAAAAAAUGUAUCAUUUUUGUAAUCGUGUGAAAAUUAAUAUAAUAUUUUUUGCUUUGUA